AGUCUCUGAAGUGGGUAUACCAGAUCUAUUGGGUGCAAGCUGUGUUGACUACCAUUGCUUCUUCCUCUGUUCUCAAUUAUGUCUGGGAAGGUGGCUCUGCGGAUGCCCAGAGGCCUUUGGGCAGCAGCUGUGGUGGUGAUGGUGGUGCUGAGUGCCUCAGUGGCUGAGGGCAGAGACUCUCCACAGGAUUUCACGGUGCUGUUCCUGGGCCAGUGCUACUUCACCAACGGGACGGAGCGGGUGCGGCUCGUGACCAGAUACAUCUACAACCGGGAGGAGUACGUGCGCUUCGACAGCGACUGGGGGGAGCAGGGCGGGGAGUACCGGCCGGUGACCGAGCUGGGGCGGCCGGACGCCGAGUACUGGAACAGCCAGAAGGACGUCCUGGAGCGGACGCGGGAUGAGCUGGACACGGUGUGCAAACACAACUACCAGCUGGAUGCCCCCCUCACCCGGCAUCAGCGGGUGGAACCCACAGUGACCAUCUCCACAUCCAGGACAGAGGCUCUAAACCAGCACAACCUGCUGGUCUGCUUGGUGACAGAUUUCUACCCAAGUCAGAUCAAAGUUCGGUGGUUCCGGAAUGACCAGGAGGAGACAGCCGGCGUCGUGUCCACCCCUCUUAUUAGGAAUGGGGACUGGACCUACCAGAUCCUUGUGAUGCUGGAAAUGACUCCCCAGCAGGGAGAUGUCUACAUCUGCCGCGUGGAGCACCCCAGCCUCCAGAGCCCCAUCGAGGUGGAGUGGCGGGCACAGUCUGAGUCCGCCCGGAGCAAGAUGCUGAGCGGUGUUGGGGGCUUCGUGCUGGGGCUGAUCUUCCUCGGGCUGGGCCUUUUCAUCCGUCACAGGAGCCAGAAGGGACUCCAGCACUGACUCCUGAGAACACUUGGAUGGGGAUUGGAUUUUGCUCUUCUGUAAUAGCUGCCUGUUCUUGCCCAGAAUUCCCAGCUGUCUGUCAGCUUGUUCCUCUGAGAUCAGAUUCCUACAUAACUCUGACACAGUCCCCAGGUCACCUCUUGUGACCCCUGCCCCAAGGAUUUGACUGUGAUGCUGCUUAUUGCGCUGAUCCUGGAGCCUCUGCCUGCGUGCUGCCGACAGCAUCUACUCAGACCCCAGGGGUUUUUCUGUUUUCAUUCUACCUUCACAGACGGUUCAAGAGAAGCACCUUGAAACCAUUACCUGGCUAUACAGUAUAUCAUAAUUAAAAAUGAAUAUGAGUUAACUAUA